UCUCCAUUUCUUUAACCAUUCCUCUAAUUUCUUUCCAUCUCCUUCUCUUCCAACUUGAACUAUCAAAUAUCCAAAUACCCUUUUUUGUUAAAAUGGUUCGUCUAACAUUGUCAAGAAUUAAUGGUGAAAAUUUAUGUACUUCAAUGCCAUUAGCAAUUGGUUUAUUUCUUUCAAUACUAGCCCUUGUAGCGCUAUGUGCUAAACAUGCAAAAAAACCUUCAAGAAAAUCCAUGUCUACACAUGAAAAAAUCAAAACUAAUGCAUGCAAAAUUGUUCCAAGGUUGUCACCACUAGGACUCCCUAACAAAAAUAAAAAUAAAAGAGUCGAUGAAGAAUCUGGCAACCCGACCGGAGAUGUGACCGGAGAAGUAGCCGGAGAAGAGGGAUUGUGGCAAAAAGCAAUUAUAAUGGGUGAAAAAUGCCAGCCACCACAAUUUUCAGUCAGCAAUAUGUAAGACUGUAAAUAAUGGAGUAUGGUCUAAUGACACCUCACAUGAUAAGAGAAGAGAAGUUGCGUUACAAGUAGAACUAACAUGUACAAUUACAAUACUCUGACCAUUA